CUGUAUGCGUGUGAAUAUGUGUGUGUAUGUGUGUAUAUUGUCGAAAUCGUGUCGUGCAAUUCGUAAAGAUAACACUCAAAAAAGUGUCUUAAAUGAAAUAUUACUAUACAUAACGCAGUGUUGUUAAUCUUGAUACGUACUAUGAGUAAAGGUAGCUGAAUUAAGUCCGCAAAUUGCGUAAAUUGCCAACUUGCGCUUUUCAACUUUCGUAAUACGUUCCUGUCGAGUGGACUGUCAACAUACGUAUCGGCGAAGUUGCUGGGAUCAGUUUUUGGAAAGUAGUCGCCGUAAAAAGACAUUAGAAUUCUUGGAAUGGAUGAUAUUCAGCAUUCGGAAUAUCUGCGAGUGAAUAAAUAUCUUUUGUUCGCGGUAAGCGCAUGGCCUUAUCAAACCAUUUUUCAAAGAAGUCUGGUUGGAAUUAUCCUCAUCCCCAUUGUUACCGCUCAGCUAAUCCUCCAGUUUGGAGGAAUGAUAACUGCCAUAAUUGCUGAUGAUAUCGAAUCCCUUUUGGAAAGUUUCGCACCUUUAGCCAUUAGUUUAAUGUGUUUUGUUAAAUAUAUCAAUUUUCUAUAUAAUUUCAAUCAGAUGAAACGUUUGAUGGAUAUAAUGCAAGAGGAUUGGAAAUUUCACGCAAAAUUGAGAAACGAAUAUGAAAUUCUUUGCGAGCAUUACGCGAUAGCAAGAAAAAUUACUACCAAUUUCGUAGCUUUUCUAUUGGGAUUAGUAACACCGUUCGGGGCGAUGCCAUUGCUACUGAACAUAGGUGACGCUUUAGGACUUUGCAACAUAUCGGAUGACAAACCGUUGGCCUUUCGGGUCGAGUAUUUCGUGGACGUGGAUAAAUAUUAUUAUUUUCUUUUGGUACACUCGUACAUUGGCACUCUUGGGUACACCGUCAUUGUAUUGGCCAUCAAUUCGAUAAUAAUUGUUUACGUUCUACACGAAUGCGGACUUUGCGAAAUUUUGAGAGUGAAACUAGAGAAUUUUGUGGAAACCGAUGCAAUGGACAUAGAAUUACAUCCCAAUAAAUUCAAAAAGGAUAAAUGGUAUCAAAAUGCCAGGGAUUGUGUACUCUUGCACAAACGUAUAAUCGAAUUCGCUAAAAUACUCGAGGAUGCAAAUACCACGUCUUACUUGCUUCAGCUAGGAUUCAAUAUGAUUUGUAUGAGCUUCACACAAUUUCAGGCAAUAAUAAAUAUACAAGACACGCCCAAAGUUCUUCGAUACGUUUCAAUCACGAUUUGCCUUUUGUGCGAUCUUCUGUUUCUCAGUUGGACGGGGCAACAGUUAUCGAAUUCGACCGAACGUAUUUUCGAAUUCACAACAAACGGGAGAUGGUAUCAAUCGUCGAUAAAUUGUAGAAAACUUUUGACGAUAAUGCUGUCGAAAAGUAUAGCACCGUUGACAUUGACAGCUUGCAAGCUCUAUACUUUAAAUUUAGAAAGCUUCACUACGAUAUAUAUUUCCACGUUUCGUAACGUUAUUUCCAGACCGUUUUCAUAUUAUUAUUUAUUCACGAUUACUUUAAGAUUGCCAAAACAUCACUCUCUUACACAAUGGUACUGUGCUCCCUUCAAUAACUCGUCGAUCACGAAUUAUCGAAGAGAAAGAGGAGAGGGGGGGGGGGGAAGUCGGGGACACGACGAGGAAAAUUAAAAAAGUAAAUGUAUUAUCGAAAUAAAAAAUGUAAUCGUAAGUGUAAUCGAAUAAGUGUGUGAAAAUUUUUACAAAGAGAAAACAUUCGAUUUUUCUUCUCUUUUCUUUUCCUCGUUCCACUCUCAUUCGCGUUUUUAUUUCCGUCGAAUCGCGCCAUAACCGUUUUCUCGCGCACCAUAUGGUUCUCGUGGGCCGAUACUUUUUCGAGAAAAAUAGAUCGCCGACGGUGAAAACGACGGCAACACCGAUCUAUCACGGUUCCUAGCCACGCGCCCCACCUGGGCUUAAUUGAUUUUCAGUGACCGUCGAGCGUCGAUGAAAACUUGUUAACGACUCUGUCACAAUUUACGACGUUCAUCGAAAACCAAUUGUCAAUAAUAUGUCGAAGGGAGAAAAAGUGAUCGAAUUUGACGAAUUAAAACGAGUUUUGAGUUCGAAGGAACGAUUGUGAAUCAAUACGACUCGUUAAGAAACUCAUAGAAAAUUUUUCUUUUUUAACCAUCGAAAACUGAUUGUAUUUUUCAAAGGGUGAAAUAGUGGUUCUGGUUGAACCAUUAUCGAUGAAACGAAUUAUAAUUAAGAAUUACAAUAAAACAUUACAUCUUUGCUAGAUUAAAAAAUUUCUCAACGAAAGAAACUAUAUUAUAUUUCUCAAAGGACGCUAGAAUUUAUUUUAACGAAAAAAGCCAGAUUGUAUUUCUCAAAUGAGUGGUCCAAAAUCGGGGAUAAAAAAAUUAAAGAAUUUGAAAAAAAAAUUUAAUUACAAAAUAACAAGAAUGAUCCAAAUUCGAGGAUCGUGAACCCUACUCGUGGUGGAGAAAAUAGCGAAAAUAAAACUGGCGUCCUUGCCGGGUUAACGAAUCCUGGAGGAGGAGUGCACCGUCACAUCCGAGUGGACAAGGUUUUUUCCCCCGUGGAAUCGGCCCUCUUUAUCCUGAAAUCUGCCGCGCUCACCGGGGUAACACCUUGCGGCCCAGGUUGGCGCAGGGCACGCGCCGGCAACCAGGAGUAGAUCCGAGAUCGAUAUCUCUAAUUGUCUCAAGGCGAUUCGUCUCGACCGUUGCAUUCCAAUAAUUUUCCCUCCACUUAGCCCUUGUUCCAAUCCACGUGCUGAUUGUCGAACUGAUCGUGGGCGAAUUCGAUUUUUAUAAUAAUUAAAGUUUCGAUAUUUCAAACACGCACAAGUACUCACGUAAGUAUGUAUAAGUUUCUAAUUCGUUUCCUCCUGUGGCUUCUUUUUAUUCCCAACGAUGAUCGAGACACGCUUAUUAAUAUUUUUUUUCAGUCUGAAGGCAUCUGUCGUUUCGUCGAUACGAAAGGAGCAAAGGGAACGAUUCCUUUUGUAGGCUGGAAACGAAACAAUAUAAUAAUUCGCACGUUGCUUCGACGUGGUUAUUAAAAAUACUGGAUCUCCCCUCCUUCCAACCCACUCUCUCCUCACACAGGUCCAAGAAUAUUAAGCGGAAUUUAAAUCAACAGGUACACUUCCUCCCCGCCAUUCGUUAUCUAAAUCAACAGGUACGCUCCCCUGUUCUCCAGGAAGUGCUCGACUCAAGUGUGGAGAGGUGGUAGUGGAACACGGGGAAGGAGUAAACGAAAAACGCGAUGGUGCGAGGGGUGAGGCGGAGACGAAGAGAGGGUAGAUGCAGAAGGAGGCAAGAGAACGAUGGCCACACCAGGUGCAUCCACGGAAUGGACAUAAAACGUACCAUAUGUUGAUGCGGUGAAGGACGCCGUGGCACGCGCCACACUCAAACUCGAGCCUUUACACCGCGAGGAUCGCCGACUCCUCUUCUCUCUUCAUUAUCGCCCUUGCCCGCUCAUGACACACGAUCCCGCUUCGCUCCGUGUUCCUUGCGUCUCUGGAAGAAAUUACAAAACGACGAAUUAAAUGGAAAUGUCGAUCGGCGAUCGUGCGACACCGGAUACCGGAUCAUUUCACGUUUCGUGUGUCAUCGAAUGUUGGACGAAUUGAAAGCUUCGAGGGAGAUUUAUGUUUUUUUCGGCUAUAAGUGAAAAUUACGUUUGAGUUUAGUUACGAUCAUUCACUUCAUUUGUUAGAAAUCGCAGUGAAAAUAGAAGUCAAAAGUGUUCUUGGAAAAAUUUCCGGUUCCGAAGAGGAAGAAAUCAUCCUGUCGUCUUAUCUAAUGACACGUUAAGAAGGUUAAAUAACAUGUUAAGAAACAUGGCUAAAGACUUUAAAAUUUGGCGAAUGAAGUAACGGGAAGGUUUGGUGGGAUUUAUUUAUGUUCUAUGAAACGUUAUUUCAAAGGUAAAUAAAACGUAAAUAGUCGUUGAAA